GCCCCAAAGAAAAAAAAACAAGAAAAUUAGGCAAAAGAGGAGAAAAAAGGGGGAAAAAAAGGAAAAGAAAAACAAGAAAAAUAGAAAAAACAGAGAUGGCAACAUCCUUCCUAUCAACAGCAAACACAUUCCAUUCUUCCACACCUUCUUCUUCUUCUUCUUCUUCUUCUUCUUCUUCCUCUUCUUCACCUCCAUUGUUGAGAUCAAGAUUUGGUUGCCUUCAUUGCCAUAAUAACACUAAACGACUGGUUAUCUGCAAGGGAAUUAAUGACCCACCAUCUCAAAUUCCAGCUUUAACUAAGAGAAGCCUUUCAAUCUGCUUCAUUUCCAGUUUCAUUUUCCCUCUGGUGGGUCAAGGAUUUUCCGAUGCAAAUGCUGCGAUUCUUGAAGCUGAUGAUGAUGAAGAGCUUCUGGAGAAGGUGAAGAAGGAUAGAAAGAAGAGGCUCGAAAGACAAGGGGUUAUCAGCUCUGCCAAUAAAGAAAAAGGAUACCUCCAGGAAGUUGUGUACAAGCUGAGCAAAGUAGGUCAAGCCAUUGAUAACAAUGACUUCUCAACUGCAAGUUCGGUUCUUGGGGGUAGUAGUGAUGCAGAUUGGGUCCGGAAUGCCAAUUUAGCCUUCAACAAGCUGAGCUCAAGUCCUGAAGAGAAAUCUGAGGUGGACGCAUUCAACUCCUCUCUAGCUUCAUUAAUCUCAUCAGUUACUCAGAAUGAUGUUGAAUCCUCCAAAACUGCCUUUGUAGCAUCUGCCAGUGCACUUGAGAAAUGGACAGCCAUGGUAGGGCUUGUUGGACAGCUGAAGGGGCUUUGAGUUGAAAAAACAACCAUCUACAUUGAUCUCAUUUAUUCUAAGAAUGACCAGCUGUAUUUUUAUAAUCUCUCCAGCUAUUUUUCCCUUCCCAAAUCUUUGCAGUUAAAAGUCAAGAAGCUGAUUUUCUUGUCAUCUUCUAACUGAGUUUCUGGUGUCAAUGUUUCUGAACUUUGAAUGGAUAGAUUCCAUUGGUUAUUUUGAAUGUUAUUAUCGAUUUAUCCAAGAAAACCUAUACUUAUGUUUAUGAACAAAAC